AUGAAAAGUUGUAUCACUGAUGUCACUGCCUUGCUCUCGGAUCUCAUUGAAGCUAGGGACUUGACGAUUCCAAUUAAUGUGCAAAAGUAUAUGGGGGAAAAGCUAAGGUCAACAUUCGCUAUUCUUCACCGUUUGGAAGGUGUUUCGGAAUCCUCUGGCACUCCAAAACAAGGGGGAGAUCAACCAAAUCCUGUGAAGCAUGUGUAUGUUGUUAAAAGUGAAACUGAGCCAAAGGAGCUUAAAAGGCGAAAGGCACGUGAAGAAGAGAUAGACGAACAUCAAAGAAUUAUACAAGAAGCUGAAGCCAAGGAGAAGGAUAAAAAAGAAGCUCAACUUACAGUUAAAAGUAGGAAACUUUUGUCCAAAGUGGACUUUGAAGCAUCUUCAAAAUUCAGCAUUUGA